AUGGUCAGCUCGUCUGUUUUGGAGAGAAUAGUUAUGGGAACUGUGACGUCCCAGCGGAUUUGGCACCAGUUUUGGCAGUCGCAGCGGGCAGUUAUCAUACCUGUGCAGUGCGGUCAGACGGUCAGCUCGUCUGCUUUGGACGCAAUGAUUAUGGGCAGUGUGACGUCCCAGCGGAUUUGGGACCAGUUUUGGCAGUCGCAGCGGGCGAUUGUCAUACCUGUGCAGUGCGGUCAGACGGUCAGCUCGUUUGCUUUGGACGCAAUGAUUAUGGGCAGUGUGACGUCCCAGCUGAUUUGGGUCCAGUUUAGUGAAGAAACAGAGAGUCAGCUUGUCCGCUUUGGAGACAGCUUUUAUGGGAAGAGUCAUGUGCCCAAAAAGUGA